AUGGGGCGUCGAGGGGGCAAGGUGGAGAGUGUGCGUCGGCGUUUGUUAUCCGCGUACCGUGAGGAGUCGGAGGCGGUAGAGCGGCGGCGAUUGCGGAAGGCGCCGGGUGUGGCGCCGAAAUGCAAGUUGGUGACGCAGGACAAGUUGGCGCGUGCGGAAAAUCGGCAUGUGGCAUUGCAAUCGGGACAGGAGGAGUGGAAGGAGCGUCUGAAAGAGCAGACACGGUUGCCGACUUUUGGGCAGGUUGGGAGUGAGCCGGAGGGGGGAGCGGAGGUGGAGGUGGCGACUGGACGUAAGCGUCGGUUAGAUAAAGAGUUGAAUGCGAUGGAGACCAAGCGUUUGGCGCGUGAGGACCAGAAGAGGAAGCGGGAAGAGGCGGUGGAACGUUUGGGAUUCAAGAACGUUAGUGGGUUGGUGUCCGUACCUGAGCGAGAAGCGAUUGCUCAAUGCUACAAAGACCAUUGCGCGGACGUGGAGAAACUAGUCAGCGGGCUGGAACUCAUAGGUCAGGCCAUUAUUGCGGAGCCGUUGGCGAAGCUGCACCUGUUGGAGGCUUUUAUUAAGAAGAUGGAGGAGUGCCGUGUGGCCUACAGGCGCUGUUCCGACCUUAACGACUUGGCGGACUUGGCGAAGCUCUACUUGUUGGUCGUGACCGCCGUGGGUAAGAUCCUGUUGCACGUCCUGCCCGGGUACGUCAUCGCCGAAGGCGACCCGGUUGCAUCGGUGAAGCGGCAAGUGCGCAGGCACGAGUUGCUCAUCUUAGACAUGUAUCGCCGUUGGUUACUCGAACACUUCGGUGUGGUGAUGAAGGACCCGUAUUUCAACGGCGUCCAGAAGCACGAGUACACUACCUUGUUGGUUGUGCAGUUGAAUAACGGGCUCAUUAACUGCAUCGAACACGCGCGACAAUUUAACUACCGAGAUGAAUUUAUGCAAAUGCUCGUCGACUACUACUGUUUGCAAGACCACGGCUCUCUGGAUACGAGCGGUAUGGAUACGGACGCGGUGGACGUGGACGGUGCGCUUUCUCGGGCUAUAAGUGAAGUGUUAAAGGAAGAUGUGACACUGGCCGUCAGCGCCAAGUUGGUGCCGCUAAUUUCCAACAAGGUUUUGAAGAUGCGGAAAGACAGCAGCAGCGGCAAGGUGUUGCGGUUACUAGACCAUCUGAACAUACAGAAGAAAGAAAAAAAUGCUGUGGCCGAGUUGAAGCGGAAGGGCAUUGACCAGCGGUCAUUGCUGAAGGAUCGUCGCACACAGGUGGAGAAAAAUGUCGCGAAUGAGCAGACUGCGUCCCUGGUCAGCGGAGACUACAAGAAAUUCUUAGCGAACAAGAAAAAUAUAUUAGAGUCGAUUAUGGUUAUGUUUGCCCGCAUCUUGCGGUCACCACACCUUUAUUCCUUAGAGGUGGUGUAUGAGGCCUUGCGGAGCCUGAGCAAGCACGCGGCCUUCGUUAACAUGGAGCUGGCUGCGGAGUUUUACGAAGAAUUGCGACAGGUGGUACAAACCAUGGCGACUGCAGACGUCCGUUCGGGAGCGAUUAUUUUCGCCGCCGUCAUGGCAGCGCUGGAGCUCAUGGACCUGUCCUCCAAGGGCUCGGACCUAUAUAUUGAAUCUGAUGUACAGUGGAUUACCACCGCCGUGCUGGAGGCCUGCGCAACUAUCAUCCCUUUCCUGGGUCGAACAGCUGCGCACACGCGUGUGCACUUGAAUACUAAGGACGAUGAGCCAAAAGUAAAGACGCCCGGGGAAGACGAAGAAGAGUUGAGUAGGGCCCGAACGGCAGCGGGUAAGGAUGCAGCGAAGGGUCGGACGGGACUGAGCACCACGGCCGAGGACAGCAUCGACCUGUUCGCCAUCGGCUGCACGCAGUUAACGCUCCAGGAGUUCGAAAGCGUCCUCAACAAAGUGAUUGACACCAAACGAGCAUUCGGCGUAACCUCCGCCGACCUGGCGCACUUAGCACGGAGCGCCAAAGCGACUGCCAUCUACGUCACGCUCGCCGGCGCAGCCCUCACCGCUACACCUGCCGUCGCCGCCGUGCUCCACAAAGCGAUGGACAAACUCGCCAAGAAGUUCCCUAGCCUCAAAGAUACACACGACCCUGAAGGAAUGGUAUUCGAUUCACUCUCGCCACCCAAGACCAUCGCCUGGUGCCAACACCUCGCCAAAAUGUCCAUAAACCUGUAA